AUGUGCACCACCGUCAAUACCACCACCCCUACCACCAACACCACCACCCAUACCAUCAACACCACCACCUAUACCAACACCGCCACCACCAACACCACCACCAUGUGCACCACCGAAGUGGAUGGGCGAGUGAGGGAGAACUGUGACACCUCUCUCUACUGGGCCAUCCGGGGAGGGGGCGGUGGCACGUGGGGCGUGGUCAUCAGCUUUACUUUCCGGUUGCACUUUGCCCCUCAGCGCGUGCGCAGAGUAAUAUCAUCGUGGGUACUCAAAGCUGGCGAGGUGGAUCAGUUUGGGCGGGACACCGUCAAGUAUGUCUCGGAGCAGCUCACGAACCUGUGCCCACGGUGGGGAGGAUACAUUCUGCUGUCCGGAGACUACAUUCCCAACACCACAUACAGCCACACGCUGACUGCCUUCAUGAACCACUUUGGCUCCGACGACGAUCCUUGCAACAGCGACAUUGAUGGAAUCUUGAGCUACAACGUCUCUGGAAAUCAGCUGGGAAAGAACGAGGUGAAAUACCCUACGUUUCUCGGCUACGAACUCACAGCCAAAGACCCUGACUUCACCAACACAUACAUCGUCAACACGUUCGUCCAACCCGAGGCCUUGAGGGAGAAGGCCAGUCAAGAGGUUUUCGCAGACAUUGUUCUCAGCCUGGGAAAAUACGGUGCCGGUUGUGUAGGAGUGCUGAUCGGAGGCAACAUGGACAAAGUGCUGGCAGGUGACACCCCCGUCAACCCCAGCUUCCGGAGCGGCAUCAUGUCUCUGUCGUGUGGUGUCAACUGGGACGUGACGUGGGUCAACGAGUCGUACUACAUUGACAAUGCCCUAGAGUUUGGAAAAAAGAUUAAGGAGGUGGGUGCUGGUGUCUACUUCAACGAACCUGACGAAGAUUUGGACAAUUGGAAGACAGAGUUCUGGGGUAGCGAGGACACAUACUGCAAACUGGAUGCCAUCAAGCGCUGGGUGGACCCGAGCAACUUCCUGUGGUGUCAUAAUUGCGUCGGUUCGGACUUAAGCCGUGAUUGUUCCCCAUUCUAUACUUUUAAACAUGCCAUCGACUACGCCUUUUGCUCAGUGACGAGACUGUGAGAGGGGCGCACCGGGAUUUAAA